AAAUAAGAGGCUCUAUCUAUCUGCCAAUCUCGUUUAAUUCGUUAUCCAUUCAAACUGAAGAGGACACACAGAGAGAAAGUGAAGCAAUGGCAGCAUCGGCAGUGUGUUUUGGAAACACUUCAACUUCCACUCUAUGUUUCCGCAGAACAGGAGCACCAGUUUUUAGCCCGAUAUCUUCUUCUUCUUCUUCACUGAGGACCAAGGUGUCGGUGUCGGUGUCGGUGUCGGAGUUAGGGUUCCUGACCUCCCAAUUGAGCGGAACCAAAAUCUCAGAUUACAACCUCUCUCACUCUAUCACUGCUCCACCUUUCACACCUCCUCUCCAACCUAUUGUUGCCCGUAGGAUCUGUCCCUUCACUGGGAAGAAGGCGAACAGGGCCAAUAAAGUUUCCUUCUCAAACCAUAAGACAAAGAAGUUGCAGUUUGUGAACCUGCAGUACAAAAGGGUUUGGUGGGAAGCUGGUAAACGUUAUGUCAAGCUACGGUUAUCAACCAAGGCAUUGAAGACCAUAGAGAAGAACGGUCUGGAUGCUGUUGCUAAGAAGGCGGGAAUAGAUCUUCGCAAGGAGUAAUAUGUGGCCCUUAUUAAUAGCCUUUGUCUGUGUUUCAUAAGCUUGUUUAGUUACUUCAUUUUUGCAAUAAUUUUUUAAUAUAAAUUGCAUCACUUUUUUGUU